UUAGAGCAGCAUGCUUCCCAUAGACAAGAUGGACAAGGCUUUAGAGCAAACAAAUUCUUAUUUUUACUCAUUUUCUUGUGAGCAUCCUUUUGGGAGGAGCCGUAUUACUAUAUAUAUGAGCAAUUGUUAUUUGGACCCUGGCAUUGCCAAAACCUUCGAAGCUAAAAAAACAGAGCCUAAUAAAUCAUACUACUGUUUCGUAGAUAAAAUCAGAGCAAUGAACUGUUCUCCUAAAUUUCCAGUCAAAUGGGUUAAAUUCAUGGUUAUGAUUCUUUCAAUUGCGUCCACUGGCAUCGCUGCCGGCCGGACAGACAUUCCGAGGCUUAGCCCGACGAGAGGAAUAAUCAUGGAAGACCCUGACCUUUUAUCUUCGGCAGCAGUUUCAGAUGAUUUUCAAACUUUCUAUUACCCUCAAACACUUGAUCACUUCAACUACCAACCUCAAAGCAACGCCACUUUCCAGCAAAGAUACGUCAUGAAUUUCAAAUAUUGGGGCGGAGCAAACAACAGUGCGCCAAUUUUAGCCUAUCUCGGAGCGGAGUCGCAUCUCAACGUUUCUCUUACCUCAAUCGGUUUUCUCAAUGAUAAUGCCGUCAGCUUCAAUGCUCUCCUCGUCUACAUUGAGCAUCGAUACUAUGGGAUAUCAAUACCAUUUGGAUCAAGAGAAGAAGCCUUUAAAAAUGCAAGCACUUUGGGGUAUUUCAACUCUGCACAAGCUAUAGCUGACUAUGCAGAAAUCAUCAUGCAUAUCAAGAACGAACUUCGUGCUUUUUAUUCUCCGGUCAUCGUUGUUGGAGGAUCCUAUGGAGGAAUGCUUGCUUCAUGGUUACGUUUAAAGUAUCCUCAUGUUGCUUUGGGAGCUUUGGCCUCAUCAGCUCCAAUUCUUUACUUCGAUAAAAUUACACCAAGUGGAGCUUACUAUUCAGUCGUCACCAAGGAUUUUAGGGAAGCGAGUGAGAGCUGCUACCAAACCAUACGAAAUUCGUGGUCUGUAAUCGACAAAAUUGCUUCCCAACCCAAUGGUCUUUCAAACCUCAGCACGAUAUUCAAAACUUGCAAACCUCUGAACAAAUCUUCAGAGCUAAAAAUCGCGUUGAAGAAUAUGUAUGCCUCAGCAGCACAAUAUGAUAGGCCCCCACGAUAUCCAGUAACGGUGAUAUGUGGAGGAAUCGAUGGAGCAAAUGAAAAGCAAGAUAUUCUUAGUAAGAUUUUUGCAGGCGUUGUUGCUUAUAGAGGGAAUUGUUCUUGCUAUAUUAAUCCAUCAACCAAUGAUUCUUCUUGCCCACCAACCAAUGAUUCCGAAAUUGUAGGAUGGAGAUGGCAGACAUGCAGUGAAAUGGUGAUACCCAUAGGCAUCGGGAACGGGACGAUGUUCCAACCUGCUCCGUUUAACCUAACCAGCUUUGUACAACAUUGCAAGACAAUCUUUGGUGUUACUUCUCGCCCUCAUUGGGUCACUUCUUACUACGGUGGCCAUGAUAUAAAACUUAUUCUCCAGAGAUCUGGUAGCAACAUCAUAUUUUCAAAUGGUUUGCGAGAUCCUUACAGUGGGGGCGGGGUUCUGGAGAAUAUUUCCGAAAGUAUUCUUGCUGUAAAAACUGUAAAUGGAUCUCAUUGCUUGGAUCUAUAUGCACAAAAUGCAAGCGAUCCAGAAUGGCUGGUGAAGCAACGACAAACAGAGGUGAAGAUCAUCGGAGGAUGGAUAGCUCAGUACUAUGCUGAUCUCAAAGCCAGUACUAUGCUGAUCUCAAAGCCAUAUUCUAUUUAAACAAUAGGAAUAGUUUACUUAAUUAAUUAGUUAAUUUCCAAGACGGAAAUUUAAUCAAUUUGCUUCUCUUUAAUAAUUAAUACCCAGACUUAAGGCUUCUCUUAUU